GUCCCGGCAAACUCUCCCGCUGCCCACGUCGGGCUCGGCACCAAGCACCAGGGUACCAUGGUCUGCAAGACUCUCUUCGCCCUUUGCAUCUUCACCGCAGGAUUGAGGGUCCAGAGUCUGCCUACAUCAACCCUCUUGCCUGUUUCUCCUUCUUCAACCAUUACCCUACCGACAUCCAUCUGGAUAACCUCACCACAAAACACUGCUGCAGCCACCGCCUCCCUUACCAGUGGCACACACAACAACUCACUACUGCCAGUGACAUCGUCAUCCCAAACAUCUCCGCAUCCCAAAAUCACUUCCACAGAGACCAGAGAGGAGGAGUUCACCACGCCAGCUUCAACUUGGGAAGGCACAAGCGCAGACCCUUCACCUCCUGGAUUCUUGCCAACAAGCGGUGGAGUCCGCUUAACACCCACACCUGCAGAACAUAGCUCGGGCACUUCUGAAACAAGUGUGCCACCUACAGGGUCCCAGUCACCCGCUGAGUCUCCCACUCUCAUCUUCUCUCAGGCUCCAGCCUCAUCACCUUCAUCCCCAUCAACCUCACUACCUGAGGUUCCUUCUGCCUCUGUCACCUCUGACCACAGCUCAGCUGUGACCAGCACCAAGCCCUCAGGAACCCCAACCCCAGCAGAGUCCACAGCAGAGGAGCGCACCUCUGGCCACACACCCACGUUACAUGCCACCACCGGGGCGGUGACCAAGGAGACAACACGCCAAGCAACUGCGCCAACCAAGGUAACCUGUGAGCUGGUAGACAGCGAUGCCACCACCACCUCCCCGGGGGUGAUCAUGGAGGAGGUAGAACACGCACUAAGUUCAGGCAGCGUCGCUGCCAUUACCGUGACAGUCAUUGCCGUGGUGCUGUUGGUGUUUGGAGUUGCAGCAUAUCUGAAGAUCAGGCAUUCCUCCUACGGAAGGCUUUUGGAUGACCAUGACUACGGAUCCUGGGGAAACUAUAACAACCCUCUCUACGACGACUCCUAACAAAGGACCGUGGACUGGGAUGAGGAAUAACUGUUCUUUAUUUAUAAGUGCUUCUCCAGUAGAAUUAAGAACAAGUACCCGAUGCGCAUUGAACGACAAUCUUAAGCCCUGUUUUGUUGGUAUGGUUGUUUUUGUUUUCCUCCCUUUCCUAUGGCUGCUACAACCCCUCCCCGCUCCACCACUUCUGAUACAAAAAGAACCAUUAAUUAAAGGUGAGCCGAGGCUGGUUUGUAUCUGAAAUGGCCAACUUUGAGCUGCCAGGCCCCGCCACCAUGGUGGAGGUGUCUGCACCCACUGCAGGACCCAAUCCGAGAGGGACCAAGGAAGAGGGACUGGGUUAGUUUUGCUGGGGGUUACUUUAAGGGGAGCUUUUUGUUCAUGGUACUUCUUAAACUUUUCUCUAGGAAAUUACAUUAAAUAGCAAUGACGGGAAAGGAAAUGAGAACUAGGAGGAAUUCACUCCGCACAUGAAGAUUGCAGAGGUUUCUCCAAUUCCUUUUUAAAUUCCAUUUAUCUGGCUGUGUCUGACAGGACACCCUUUUGGCCAGAGAAGCUGGAUACCAGCUUCUUAGCUGCCUAAUUAAUGAAAGAUGAAAAUAGAAAGCGCCCUGGGGGACACUGGAGGCUGAGGGGCAGAGGAGCAGGUUGCUGUCAGAUCUCAGCGAGCCCCCAUCUACCUGUCCCUUCCUGACCCCUAUCUCAGCUAAGGAUGCCGGUUCUAUUCAACUUCAACUGGAAUCCCAGCCCACAGCUUUCAGUGGAGUUGCAAUCCUAAAGGAUAAUGCCGUGAGAUGAGCUUAGGUCUAGAUGAGAAAGGGAGAGAUGUGAGUGGUGAACACUUGAGGAGUGGAGAAGGGCGGGGGAGAAAGGACGGAGUACCAUGCACUGAGGGCCUCAUUAAGGAAGUGAGAAUAAGCUCUCAAUAACUGUCAGAGGCAUCCACUGCUUGCAGGAGUCCAUAGAAUCCUUGCUUUAUACCCAGUAAAGCAACAGGUUCACUGCCUUCCUGUCUGUUGGCUAAUGGCUGUAAACUGUUUUUUUAAAAAAAGGCACUAAUGUAUUGGCAUUUGUCACUAAGGCAUUUCCAUAGGAAACCAACACCGUGGUUAAUCCAUUUAUUCUUCCCAUACCUUUAACUACACAUUCUUCCCUUUAAUAAAUGAACACCUGAGUAUAUAGUCUAUAAUCCUGCAUAGCAAAUUCUGAGAAAGAACUGAUCAUCCUUAUAGGAAUUUAUCACAGUGAUUCCCAAGCAGGAGGUGAUUUUGCCCCCUAGGGGACAUUUGACAAUGUCUGGUGACAUUUUUUACUGGGGGUGCUACUAGUGGAUAGAGGCUAGGGAGAUUGCUAAACAUGCUACAGUGCAUAGGACAGCCCACCACAACGAAGAAUUAUCCAGCCCAAAAUGUCAAUAGUGCCAAGGUUGAGAAACCCUAAUUUAUUGUGUUUCAUUACGAUAGAGCAAGACAUUCACAGAUUAAUAAUACUUUUUUUUUUUAACAGAUGAAAUGAUUCGUUUAAUUUUUUAUAUUGAAAGUCAUGAGUUUGUUGGUUGUGGGUUGUUUUGGUAUGCAUGAUUGGCUUUUUAUUUCUAUGUGUUUGCUAGAUAGCUUUAUUUCACGGUUACCAUGCUGUCCACCUAUAACACAUGGUAUUAGCAACCAGCAUCUUGUGUUCUGAUUCACGAAGUAGAAAACAUACUUCAGGUCCUUUUUCAAAAUGUGCUUGAUUGUCCUUUAAUGUCACAAAGAGCUUGAAACUGGGUCAGUUUUUAUUUCUAAACUUGAACUUACUGCCAUGACUGUUUAGUUUACAGAAACUUGACCCUCAGCUCAUCCUGUCACUUGUUGUGGUCUAACCAAGUCCUGACAUGGAAACCACCGUUGCAGUACUUUUCUACACCUUCCUGGUGUCAGAGACACUGGGAGCAGUGCCACUGUCUACAACCUGCCCUCCCAUACCCUGCUUGAGGAAUUCAUCUCAAAUUCCUUAGGUGCCAGAAGAGAAGGAGCAACACCCAGAGAUAUUUUGUAACAGCAGUAGGUAAUGAGGUGUGAGCUUCCAGGAAUUAUGAUAUCUCUGAAAAUUAAAAAAAAAAAGUGGAUCUUCUCAGAAAAUGGCCAAGAAUGCCCACAGGUGAGCCUCUGGCUGUAGAUGUUCUGGAUAAUUGUCCCUCUUUCCCACCCUCACCCCCUUCACAAGGCUUUCAGUUUGGCAAAGGACAAGUCAAUAAAAACAGGACAUUCCAUAAGUUUUGUCUCCCUCAGCUAAAAACAUUUUGACAAAAUGUCCAUGGAGCACCUUUGGAGAGGUGCACUUCUGGAUGUGGCUUCAGUCAUAAACACUGGGUCAGAGGGACUAGCCUCUUCCCAGAGAACCCUAACCAGUUAUAAACCGUAGAGUCAGCAACAGCACCUGGUGGGUUGUUGCUCUUAACUUCAAAAUCCUAAUGGUGAAGAAAGGGACCUGGGUCUAAAGUAAGUGUAUUCAGCUAGGUGACAGCAUCCCAUAAACACUCAUAAAACAUAACAUAAAAACAGCACUCUUUGUUAUGCUGGUAUAAAUUAUGUAUGAGUUGAACCUUAUUUAGCUAAAUGUAUUUUCUGCAUUAGAGUUGGCCAGAGGAUUUUAGCAAUUGUAUUCUGCAAAUGUUACUUAAAACACACAUUCACACACAUAUGAAACAUAUGCCAGUAAUUGACAUCAUUUUCCUGAGGGAAAGAGUCUGUUCAGGUCUGCUUAGGGGAAAUGGCUCCAGUGGAUCUAAAUGAACCACAUACCAUCCGUGCAUAGGAUUAGUCAAAAAGCUUUAGAGAGAGGGUCAGUGCAGUAGGGAGGCAACCAGCCUCUUCUAGACAAUAGAUUGCAAAUGCAUGGAAGACUGGGAUUCCACUUUGUUUUCUCUUUUCCCGUGGCCCCAAUGAAAUCUCCUGAAUUUCUGUUUCUUCAUUUCUAAAAUGGGGGCAAUGCUUUUAUAUUGACCUCACCCCAUAUUACAUCACAGAGGUGUCAUGAGGAUUAAUGGAUUUAUAUCUACAGUGUUUUCAAUUUCUGGAGAAAAGUAUUUAUAGACAUUUGAAGUAUUACGUAGAUAUAAGUGAUCUAGGUUUGUUUGCUGUUAUACCUAUUGGUGUGUUGUUUCUACUUAAAUCUAUGAAACUGCAGCUGUGUUGUGGCUGCAUCAGACAGCUAUUACAGCGCUGGACUACCCCAGUGCAGCUGACCAACUGCAGGGUUAACCAUGCCUGAGACCUUAAACAAUGGUUUCCAUCUCCAAAAGAAAGGGUGGCCUAGGACAUGGGUCUCACAGACACCUGAGCCAGGAUCCAGGUCAGGGUAAUAGUACAGAUACGAGAGCACCAAGGACAGUAGACUUCUGGCUUUUACAAUCCUGGGGUCUCCUGGGUCCUUUGCUGGAUUUCAUUUUGGCUUGAUAUCAUCUGUUUGCCCUUCAUCUUGCUUGCAAGGGUGCAUGGUUCAAUCCUUCGCAUCUGGGAAAUUAAUUUUGCAACUGGGCCAGAUGCUAAUUUGCACGUUGAUUCACCUUCUUUGCCUUUAACCUUUUUUUGGCAAAUGAAUGUAUCACUUCAACUUUGAUUUUAAAAACGGUAGAUGAUAUUGGUAACAUUGCUAAUCAAGAGACUAAUGCCAGAUUGUUUUCCCGGGAUGAGUUAGCCAACGUCAUUUGAAGAUGGGAAGACGUGCAACUUCUUUGAUAUUUCAUGUCCUUGUGUCCACAUUUGUUAUAAGACAUAUUAUACUGAUUAUAAUUAUAUUAAAGUUGUUAAAAGCUUGCAUCUGGCUAUGGUGAUUCACAUUUUGGUAUGUUUUGUUAUUCAUGUCAUUCAGUGGAUAUACUCAAUACUGCUCAUAUGAGGUAGCCCUGGCUUGUUCUUAAAGAAAAUUUAUUCCACAUCAAUAAAUAAUAUUUUCUGUGGAGCUGGAAGGUCUUUCUGAUCUUAAAAUAGGAUUGAAGAGCGUCAGAAUUGAAGAAACUUUCCAAGCAAUAAUUUUACUCUUACCUAUAUUUUGUGCCUUGUAAAAUAGAUGUUAAAGAACACUUUGAAUCAAUGAAUAGAUGGCAGUACAUAAACAAGUCAUAUCAAGCCAUAGCAGCACUCACAGUACAUUUGAUGCCUGCUUCAAUCCUGUUCAAGAAAAUCAAAUUCAGCAUAUUCAUCCUUAUCAGACGUUCGUUCAGAAAAUAAUUUCAAUCCCAGAAGCUAACGAAUGAUUAUUUUUUUCUUGAGGAAAAUGACAACAUACAUUUUUUCCUUUAAGAGAAGAAUGGAACCACUUGCAAACUAGAACUCAUUGAUUUGAUGAUAGAUACAAAAUUAAGGUCAGAUUUUAAUAAAUUUAGUUUCCUGGUUUCCAGUGCACAGCAUGGAGGAUUGACUGGAAGGAAUCAAAAUGGAAGAUGGAGACCAGUCAUGAAAUGGUCCCUUUCCCAUCCGUUAUUUGGUCGUUUCUUGAGGAACUUCCCUGAGCACAAACACAGCUAAAAACUCCAUUAUUCAAAGCUUUCCUAAACAAGAUUGGUCAGAAAGCACUUUAAAUGUACAUACAAAGAAAAGGCUUAACAAUAAUGUGUAGAGUUUACAUAUUAUGAAAUUCUUGGAUACAAAUUAAUAUUUUUUUUCUGAAUUAUAGCU